AUGGACAGAGUCAACAGCACACUGUUGACGGAGUUCAUCCUGACAGGAAUUCCCUAUCCUCUCAGGCUAAGACCAUUUCUUUUUGUGUUCUUUUUGCUAAUCUACAUCCUGACUCAGCUGGGGAACCUACUUAUUUUAAUCACUGUCUGGGCAGACCCGCAGCUCCAUGCCCACCCCAUGUACAUCUUCCUUGGUAUUCUCUCCAUCAUUGAUAUGGGCAUUUCAUCCAUCAUUGUCCCUCGCCUCACGAUGAACUUCACUUUGAGUGUCAAACCCAUCCCUUUUGGUGAUUGUGUGACUCAGCUCUAUUUCUAUCACUUUCUGGGCAGCACCCAGUGCUUCCUCUACACCCUGAUGGCCUACGACAGGUACCUGGCAAUAUGCUGGCCUCUGCACUACCCAGUGCUGAUGACUGCUAAGCUGAGUACUUUGUUUGUGGUUGGAGCUUGGGUGGCAGGAUCCAUCCAUGGGGCUCUCCAGGCCAUCCUAACCUUCCGCCUGCCCUACUGUGGACCCAACCAGGUGGAUUACUUCUUCUGUGACAUCCCCGCAGUGUUAAGGCUGGCCUGUGCUGAUACAGCAGUCAAUAAACUGGUGACUUUUGUGGACAUUGGGGUGGUGGUUGCCAGUUGCUUCUGCCUGAUCCUCCUCUCCUACAUACAGAUCAUUAGAGCCAUCCUGAGAAUUCGUACAACUGAUGGGCGGCAUCGGGCAUUUUCUACUUGUGGAGCCCAUGUAACUGUGGUCACUGUGUACUAUGUGCCUUGUGCCUUCAUCUAUCUGAGGCCUGAAACCAACAGCCCUCUGGAUGGGGCAGCUGCCUUGUUCCCUACAGCCAUCACUCCUUUCCUCAACCCCAUUAUCUAUACCUUGAGGAACCAAGAGGUGAAGUUGGCCCUAAAGAGAAUGAUAGGAGGCCCAGGGACUAAGAGUGAGGUUUGA